AAAUAAAAUAAAAUGGAACACAUGUUACUGCUAUUCAUAUUUUUCAUACCUAUAUUGGGUCUCACCAAUGGAACAGAAACUGAGCAAGAUUUUACUUGGCACUUGAAGAAAAUUCCUCAGAUUGUGAGCGAAAGAACUUUCUCCCUUGACAGCCCUAAAUUUGAAGCAAAAACCAAAUUAGAGCUGAACAGUGUAUGUGGAAUUGAAUGUCAAAGAAAAUUGCCGGUGCCAAACUUGUCUGACUUGAAGGACCUUUUAUCCUAUGAGACUGUUUUUGAAAACGGCACACGGACCCUGACUGAAGUGAAUGUCCUUGGACUAGGGCUUGACCCAGCUGGAAACACAACUGCACGGAAGUCUUUGAGAAAGAAGAGGCAGAUAUAUGGAACAGACAGUAGGUUCAGCAUCUAUGACAAGCGGUUUAUGACCAACUUUCCGUUCAACACAGCUGUGAAGAUCUCCACUGGCUGUAGUGGCAUUCUCAUCUCCCCCAAGCACGUGUUGACAGCUGCCCACUGUCUGCACAAUGGCAAGGAUUAUGUUAAAGGCAGCAAAAGACUCAGGGUGGGCCUGAUGAAGGCAAAAUCCAGAGGUGAAGGCAGGAAACGCAAAGGUGCUAAAAGAAGUAGGAGAGAAGUUUCUACGGCCCAAGAGGAUCCCGAAGUUGCCACAGAACUAAGGCGACAAUCCAAAGGUGGUGGGAGAAAGCAGAGGAGAUCUGGAAGGAAGCAGGGGACCUCAGAUGGCAUGCCCUCCUUCCAGUGGACCAGGGUGAAGAGUACCCACAUCCCGAAAGGCUGGUUUAAGAGUGUCUCUGGGGAUAUUGCCCUGGAUUAUGAUUAUGCUGUUCUUGAGCUCAAGCGUCCACACAAAAGGAAAUACAUGGAGCUGGGAAUCAGCCCAACAAUCAAAAUGAUGCCUGGGAGCAUGAUCCACUUCUCAGGUUUUGACAAUGAUCGGUCUGGGCAGCUGGUCUAUAGAUUUUGUAGCAUUUCUGAUGAGUCCAACGAUCUCUUCUAUCAGUACUGUGAUGCUGAGCCUGGUUCCACUGGAUCUGGUGUCUAUCUCCGUCUUAAAGAGCCGAACAAAAAGAAGUGGAAACGCAAGAUCAUCGCUGUUUACUCAGGCCAUCAGUGGGUGGAUGUCAAUGGUGAACAGCAGGAUUACAAUGUAGCAGUAAGAAUUACUCCUCUCAAAUAUGCCCAGAUUUGCUUCUGGAUACAUGGGAAUGAUGAGAAUUGCACACAAGGCUGAAGAGAGCUGAACCUGACUCGUUUAGCACCCGUAUUACCAUAGAGUGAAAGUCUGCCGCAGCAGUUACAGGAAGAACAUCACUCCACGUCAGGAUGUUUUCGAACUCAAAGCUUGAGGAAUGCUGAAUUGCUGAGGGAUGGGUAGAAUUGUCAAACAAAAUAUUUCUAAUUGUAAUCAACCCUAGAUAUGCACUUAAAAUCCCAAACUAUAUUUAUGUUUGCAAUUGUGCUAAAUUCAAAUCAUUCACAUUAGAAAAAAAAAUGACACCUGUUCAUCAUUUUUUUUUUUUACCAAGGGAAGGAUUGAAACAUCUCAAACUGGUAUUAUUAGACAAUACCUAUUUUUCCAAUGGAUUUGCUUUUCUCAGGGUUCUGUUCCAAUUCUUCAAAUGCAGGUUGUGCAUGCAGCACAUUACUGUAUGUGCAGAAUGAUCCAGAGAACUGCAUGAGACCAAGACAUUAUUUUGGCAUUCUCUAAAGACCACAGCUCCAUGUUGAGAAGCAGCAGUCUAGUUCAUGCUUGUUAGUUUGGAAAACUUGCUCCUCUGGUUGCUGCAGGAACACUACCAUGGAAAUCCCAAAUUUCUGUAGCUGAGGGUUAGACCUUAAAGACAAGUUUCACAUCACUGCUCAGUAAAACCAGCAAAAGUAAAUUAAUGAACAUAGAAGUUUCCAUGUUUGGAAGAAGAAGAAACAUCAGGAUAUAAUUUAAUGUGUUUCAAUCUUAUUUGAGAAGAUAUAGAAGUCUUAAACAAAUGCAUUUGCAUUCCAAUUAGUAUUUGGAGAGCUGUAGGUUUAGUUUCUAGUCAAAUGUUUAGCUUUAUCAUUGGGAGAAGUCACUGACUUCUGUAGUGACUAUCUGACAAUCAUUUAGAGCUUCACAGAUGAUCAAAUUUUUGGGUGCUAACCGUUUUUGCAGAUUUUAUAAAUUACUUUUAUAUGAGUUCAGCUUCAUAGAUAGGAUAGUAUGUAUUAUACUGGGAGUUGAAUAGCAGUAUUUUAGUUUGGCUUCAUAUGGUUUUGCAAAAUGGGUAGUUUUAAUCAUGCCAUAUUCAGACUCCACCUCAAUGCGAGUUACAAGGUUAAACUAAAAAUUUCUCCCAACUAACUUAUACCACCUUCUGAAUGGUAGAACUAUCCUGUAGAUUAUAACAGGUAUCGUUAGGUAGCAGCAGUAGUUAGCAAGUAAUUGGUUCCAUAUGUUUGCUGAACCAUAUAUUUAAUGAACGCACAAAGUGAGCUUCACUUUUACACACCUUUAAACACAAAUCACCUUUUUAAAAAUUGUUGAUUGCUACACAAGUCUGUAUCUUUAAUUUUAUAUAAAAAUUUUGAAGCACACAGGAUUGUUAUGGUGCUACAUUAAUAACAUAAAAUGAUACUGUGUAUUUCUGAUCAUACCCUUCGGGUUUCAAUACUUUUAAGAUUAUUCACCACCACAAUAUUUCAUUUUUUUGACCAUAAGUUUAUGCUGACCAAAAUACAUUUUCUUCCUGUGCAGAAGAAAAAGUAUAACAAGAUUUAAAAAUACUAUUUGUUUGUUGGUAUUUUUAAAAUAUACUUGUAAUUUUGAUGAAAUAAGAUCAUUGUUAAUAACCCACUUUUUGUAGGCAAUUAAAAUCAUAAACCUGACACUUCGAAUGUGCCGGCAACUUUCUGUCAUAUUAUCACCAAAGCACAAAAAUAUAAGGCUUGCUUCCAUAACAUAACUCUAACAAUAUUUUGUUAAUUGAAGAGAUCUCACUUUAAAAGAAACUUUUAAUGUCAGCAUUUCCAGGGAACACUUAACUUUUUUUUUUUUUUUUUUUUUUUUUAAAUUUUGUGUGAUUGUUUGCAGAAAACUAAUAAUAAUUUUUAAAGUUUAGAAAUUAAUGUCUAAGAUUUUAAGGUUAAUUAUUUUUUAUUGUCUUAACAUCUCUAUUAAGAUGUAUGGCUUCGCUGACAGUUAUUUUAAAUCACCUCAGUCCAGUAUUUAAUACUGUCACUCUAUGCAGCAGGCCCGUAAUGCUCUUUAGUUGGCUCUGUAAUGUUUGUCUUAAGUGCCUUUUUCCAUAGUUACUGUGACAAAUAAGGUACCACAUCAUUAAUCCAAAGGUACCAAAAUGUUAAUCAUUAAACCGAGGUCCAUGGGUUUUGUAACAAUUAUUCUCAUUGUUGAUUUGGGUCCAAAACUGAUCAAGAUAAGGUGGCUUAGUAAAUUCCUUGUUUUAGUGAGUCUUAUUUAGGUGUACUCCUUAGAAGCAGAAAUACAAUCUAUUUCUUUAUUAGUUUGGGAAUCAGGGACAAGGUAGGAAUGACAAAUGUUGAUGUCAGAUUUCAAAUGGUCUUGUUAUAAUAAUCAUCCACUAUAAAUACCUCAGUAAUGACCUGAAGUUCUCAAUACCAGGCUGAUAACAAAUGUUUAUCCUCAGAGGAUAAAUAUUAGAUGCUCAGUGCCUCAUUUUAUGAUACUAAGAGAUUAAAGAGGCUGACCAGAGCAACACAAAAAUGAAUCAAAACUAUAUAUAUAUUCAAGCCUCUGUGUCUGAGUGCACAUGCACAAACACAUGCAAAUAUAGGGGCUCAUAGACCGUGUGCCGUUUUGAGUGGGUCAGCAAGACAUGGUGCAAGAAGACAUGGGCAAGAUGCUGGGCAACAUUUCAGUCUGUCACUUGGCCUAAUAGAGAAGGAAAUGCUUUAUGUAGGCAUUGUGACUGCUUACUACAGGGACUUCUGAAAUAGUUCAUAAAUUGAGUACUUACACACAACCCCAGGAGGUCAGUGACCCACCUAGAGCCCUUGGUACCAGCCACUGCAAAUGGGACAAGAAUUUCUGAGCUGUGAUCAUCUCAGAUUUCCUUAAAAAACCUGCAGUUAGUAUCUAGUUAUCAAUGAGAAAAUAGGAGGAGGGGGUGUUCUUAGUAGAUCUGAUCUGCUGUUGUCUAAGACACCAGCAUCAAGGCUGGUUCCCAGCCCAGAAGGGGACAGAGCCCUUAUGAUAUUUCCCAAAGGAUUUUUCCUUCUUUCAAGUACCAGGCUGUACAUUUGUUUUCAUCAGUACUGAUGCUUUUCCAUAAGGGUUGCUAUAAUAGAUCUUUUUCUUUAACUGUAUUCCUGGCUUUAGGAAAAACCAAACUCAGUCAAAUCCCCUUUCUGCUAGGGGGCUGUUGGCAAUUUGUAAAGUUCAGAAGCAAGUUUUUCCCAGGCCAAAGAUAAUCCUCAUAUACAAACCAUUAACACACCCAGACCAGGUUCUGUAAUGCAUUUGUGCAUGAAUUUAAUUUAGGGCUCUGACAUAUAUGAUGGAAGUCAAGGGGACUAUCUGCAAUGUGAAAAAUUAAGUCCAAAUUUGUAUUAUCUUAAAAGAAAACCAAAUUUGUAUUAUCUUAAAACACAAUGUUAGGUAAUAAAAUUGUUUCUGUUAUAUGAGGUAUAGAGUACCCAAUGCUUUAAAAAUUACUUAAAGAAACUCCUUGACUCAAUUUAUAAUUUACCAUCCACAUUUUGCAGAUUUAUGAAUCUGUCUGGAGUAUGAAUCAGCACAGAAUACAGCUUAAGUAAAAAAAAAUAAUCUACAUGCGGAGGAGAGAAGCAACUGGGAAGUUCCUCCUAUUCUACUGAUAAGGGAUUACCAGACAGCAAACACCAAUCAAUACAGAAAGAGAGAGCAAGAGAAGUAGAUGGUAUGGAAGACCAGGAAGAUGGAAGUAGUAUGCAAGGGAUAAAGAAAGUGUGAAAAGGAACAGAUGAAAUGGCUGCAGAGGGACCUAUUGUAAAGAAAGAGUAGGCAGCUAGUAAAAGGCAUAACAGUAUAAAUUAAGAUGUAAAAAUCACAAGUUAGCAUGAAGAAUAUUUCACUGUUAAAGAAGAGGCUGUUCUUACCAGCCAACAGCACCAAGGAAAGGCCUGUGAGAGGGCUCAGGUUCUCUCAGGGACAACUAGCCGGCAGGGGAUUUUGACCCUGAUCUACAAUCCCUGCCCCAAAUCACAGGGAUUACACUUGUGUUUGUUUAGGGUGCUUGGGAAGCAACAGGUCUGUGUCCUGGCCAAAAGGCUUGGCAGCAUGAACCUCCCAACACACCGGGUCACCAAGAUUUUAGUGAAUCAAGGAAGCUUCUUUCACUUGAAAGUUUCUCAAACCUGGCAUUUUGUUGGGAUUCCUGUAAAGGCUGUUACUCAUUGGAAAAAAA